CGCAUGCGCUGAGCUAACUUAAGUGUGUUUCUAAGAUGAAGGUCUAUGUGAACAUCGCGAGGAUCCGCAGUUCUUCGGUGUUUCCAGACGGUUCUGUGGUCAAAGAUGUUCUGACCCGGUUCGUCCAGCUGCAGGGCGUGUCCUCUGAGGACUUUUACGUCAUCAGAAAUGGUCGAAGAUCAGAUCUGGAGGAUCCUGUGCAGCAUGGAGCUGUCUAUCACCUGCAGCCCCGUCUCUGUGGAGGGAAGGGAGGGUUUGGCUCCAUGCUGCGAGCUCUCGGUGCUCAGAUCGAGAAGACGACAAACCGUGAAGCGUGCAGAGACCUGAGUGGACGCCGCCUCCGAGACGUCAACCAUGAGAAAGAGAUGGCAGACUGGCUGAAGAAGCAGGCGGAGCGUGAGGCAGAGAAGGAGCAGCGCCGCGUCGAGCGUCUGCAGAGGAAACUGUCUGAACCCAAACAUCAGUUCACUGACGCUCAGUAUCAACGUCAGUGUCACGACCUUUCAGAGAGACUUGAGGAGUCUGUGCUCAAAGGGCUGCAGGCGUCCUCUAGUGGACAGGUGAAGGUGGACGAGGCGAGUGCAGCAAAGAGACCAAACCAGGUUCAGAGCGGUCCACAGGUGAAGAAGAAGAAGAAAACGGAGGCGGCGGCUGUUUUCUGGACGGGUCUGGACGAGCUGAGCUCAGAGGAUGACGAUGAUGAGUCCCCGUCAACGUCCUCUCGCUGUGACCUGGUUACCAUGGAGACUCAGAUGGAGGAGGUGGAGCCUGAGCAGAGCAGCAGGUCAUCUUCUGCAGAGUCCACAUCAUCUGAGGACCAGGAACAGAACCCUGCAGAGUCCACAUCCUCUGAGGACCAGGAGCAGAACCCCGCAGAGUCCACAUCUGCUGAGGACCAGAAACAGAACCAGAACCCUGCAGAGUCCACCUCCUCCGAGGACCAGAACCCUGCAGAGUCCACCUCCUCCGAGGUCCAUAACUCUGCAGAGUCCACCUCCUCCAAGGACCAGAACCCUGCAGAGUCUCAGCAGCAGUCUGUGCUGUCAGUGGACGCGGCGUCAUCCGUCCAGCAGCUGGAAUCUCUGGGUCUGGACGUCCUAAAGAAAGAACUCGUGUCUCGGGGGUUAAAGUGCGGGGGAACGUUAUCAGAACGCGCUGCCCGUCUCUUCUCAGUCAGAGGACUAAGGCCCGACCAAGUGGACCCUGCGCUGCUCGCCAAACCCGGCAAGAGCAGGAGGAAGUGAAGAGGUCAGAGAUCAGACCAUCCCGAGCUGUGUCACAGACUCUAAAGUUUUUAUUUUUAUUUUUUUUUAAAUAUGAUGUCACCAUUAAGUAGCAGCAAAGCAUGAUGGGAGGAGGCGUGGUCAGAAGCCAGGGUUCCAGGAAGUGACCUGCGGUCUCUCCACGUUCUCAAAGCAGACGAUGACGUCGCCGGGUCUGAAGUCCACGUCCUCGCCCUCGUCCGUCGACAGGCCGCAUUCCAUUCCCGCUUUCACCGUAGGAACCACGUCUCUGUGGUGACGCAGCGCCAGCACACGACCUGCAGGGAGUGCACUGUUAAAAUCUAGCCAUGUUACUGAGCACACACGGGGUCUAGGACUCAUUCUGGUCCUGGUCUCACUCACCCUCCCAGAUGGUGUCCUGUCCUCGGAUCAGUCUGAACUUGUGUUUCUGGUCCAGCAGACCUUUGUGGACCUGACACCCAGCCACAGGAACCUUCUUCUUCCCCACAGAGACCUCGAACACCGCACAUACGCUGGCCUCACCUAGACCAGUAGGUGGCGACAGGUGAGACGGGAGUUUGGCAGAUAAACAUGUUCAGCUGUGACUCUGCGUCUUCACUCACCGAUCACGUUCUGUGAGCGGAGCGGCUGAAGUUUCCCGCUCAGCUCGUCCUUCAGCUCGUCCACCAGUCUGUAAAUGAUGGUGUGGAGACGCAGGGGGACGCCGUGCCUCGCUGCCAGCUGCAGUGCCGCCCUGCUGGCUGUCACGUUAAAAGCAUAGAUGGAGCCUGGAGAGUUCGACAUGAUCAAUAGUCACGUUGUAUUUUUGUUGAAUAAACUUGUUUUCAAACUUUG